AUGGAAGAACUUGCCGCCGCCUUUAGCCGUGUAAUGACGGAUAAUACAGAGAAGAUGGAUGCGCCGGUUGUGGCACCAGCUGUGGCACCAACUAAUGGCAUGAGAGUGCCAAAGAAGAGGUUCAUCGGAAGGAAAGCUGCAGAUGCUCAGGCGCAGAGGAAUGGAGGGGAUACCGAGCAGUCGCAUACCACAACCAUACAGCAAGCAUCAACCAGACGAGGCCCUAGAGCGCUCAACCAGAUCCCCGCAGACAUACUUGAUGAUGAAGAUAUCAAAUCCGCCAUCUCCCUCCUACCGCACAACUACUCCUUCGAAAUACCCAAAACAAUACACAGAAUACGAUCAUCUGGCUCCAAGCGGGUGGCUCUCCAAUUCCCCGAAGGGCUGCUACUGUUUGCCACUACAAUAUCAGAUAUUCUAAACCAGUUCUGUCCGGGAGUCGAGACGGUCAUUAUGGGAGAUGUGACAUACGGCGCAUGCUGUAUCGACGAUUAUACCGCUCGGGCGCUAGGGUGUGACCUGCUAGUCCAUUAUGCGCAUUCAUGUCUUAUACCCGUGGACGUCACCAAGAUAAAAACACUCUAUAUCUUCGUCGACAUCGGUAUCGACACCCAACAUCUCGUCGACACUCUACUGCGAAACUUCACCUCCGGUCAAAGGAUAGCAAUAGUAGGCACGAUACAGUUCAACGCUACUCUGCACGGACUGAAACCAGCUCUAGAAAAAGAAGGGUUCCAUAUCGUUGUACCGCAGAUAAUGCCGCUAAGCAAAGGAGAGAUUCUAGGCUGCACUUCACCCCAGCUGUCGAGCGGGGAGAUAGAUCUACUUCUCUAUCUGGGUGAUGGCCGAUUCCAUCUUGAAUCAGCCAUGAUUCAUAACCCAUCUAUACCAGCGUAUCGAUACGAUCCGUACUCCCGCAUCCUUAGCAGGGAACGAUAUGAUCAUGAAGAAAUGCAGGAUCUGCGCCGAACGGCAAUAAAUGUCGCUAAAUCGGCAAAGAGGUGGGGGAUUAUAUUGAGUAGUUUGGGGCGGCAGGGGAAUCCGCAUACGAUGGCGAUGAUUGAAGCACAUCUUAACGAGAAGGGUAUACCGUUUGUAAAUUUGUUGCUUAGCGAGAUAUUUCCGGGGAAGUUGGCGAGUAUGCCGGACGUCGAUUGUUGGGUGCAGAUCGCUUGUCCCAGACUGAGCAUUGAUUGGGGAUAUGCGUUUCCUAAGCCCCUGCUAACACCAUAUGAGGCGUUGAUCGCGUUGGGGAUCAAGGAAGAUUGGGAUAAGGCGAAUAAUGGUAUAUACCCCAUGGACUUUUAUGCAAAGGAAGGCCUGGGGCGGACAAAACCUGGUGCUACUAUCGCCUCGUCGGCUGGAUAG